CCCUCCCCUCCCCCUGCCUCCCCCUUUCCCACCACAAUGAGCUCCUAAGAUGGCGGUUGGGCCGCAGGCGCCGAGGUAAUUCUUGAUUAAUGGGACAGCAUGGCCACCGGAGGAGGUCCUUUUGAAGAAGGCAGGAAUGCUCAAGAUUUGCCAAGCUGGAGUAAUGAGAGUGUGGACGACCGGCUGAACAAUAUGGAUUGGGGUGGCCAGCAAAAGAAAGCAAACAGAUCAGCAGAGAAAAACAAGAAGAAAUUUGGUGUCGAGGGUGAAAAGAGGGUAAUGAAUGACAUUUCCCCUGAGUCGUCCCCGGGAGUUGGACGGAGAAAGACGAGGACGCCUCACACCUUUCCUCACAGCAGAUAUGUGACGCAGAUGUCUGUUCCCGAGCAGGCCGAACUGGACAAGCUGAGGCAGCGGAUAAAUUUCAGCGACUUAGAUCAGAGGAGCAUCGGAAGCGAUUCCCAAGGCAGAGCCACAGCUGCUAACAACAAACGUCAGCUUGCGGAGAACAGGAAGCCGUACAACUUUUUGUCAGUGCAGAUUAAUACAAACAAAAGCAAAGAUGUGGGUCCAAGCCCUCAAACGAGGGAGACGAGUGGGCCGUCGCAGUGUAAAGAGUUAUUUGCAUCUGCUUUGAGUAGAGACCUUCUACAAAACUGUCAAGUGUCUGAGGAGGAUGGGAGAGGAGAGCCUGCGAUGGACAGCAGCCAGAUUGUGAGCAGGCUGGUUCAGAUUCGGGACUAUAUUGCCAAGGCUAGUUCCAUGCGGGAUGAUCUGGUAGAGAAAAAUGAGAGAUCUGCCAAUGUUGAGCGCCUCACACACCUUAUAGAUCAUCUUAAAGAACAAGAAAAGUCCUACCUGAAAUUUCUGCAGAAGAUGCUUGCUAGAGAGAAGGAGGAGGACCAUGUUCGGACCGUAGAUUCCGCUGUGGGAUCUGGUUCUGUAGCUGAGAGCACAUCGCUAAUCAUAGAUGUGCAGUCUGGGGCUUCCGACGCCACGGAAGCAUCUUGUAGUCUGAGAAUUCGGCCCUGCAUUGAGGACAAACUAGGGGAUUCAGCUUCCCAAGGACAGGUUUCAGACAUUGACGUCCCUACAAGUCCCAAAGGGAAAGGUGACAGACCUGCUCAGAGUGACAGGGAGAUAUGGCCUGAUAGGAAGUAUAGCCAAGGACGUGGAUUAUCUGCAAAGGCCAGAGAUCCUCAGCAGCAGCCAAGGGAAGAGCUGGAGAGCUUGAAGAAACAACAUGAUCUGUUAAAAAGAAUGUUACAGCAGCAGGAGGAGUUGAGAGCUUUACAAGGAAGGCAAGCGGCUCUCCUGGCUCUGCAGCACAAGGCUGAGCAAGCCAUCUCUGUGAUGGAUGAUUCCGUUGUAACAGAAACCACGGGCAGCAUAUCUGGCAUAAGUAUAACAUCGGAGCUCAAUGAGGAGCUGAACGACCUGAUCCAGCGUUUUCAUAAUCAGCUGCACGACUCUCAGGUCCCAGCUGUUCCAGAUAAUAGGAGACAAGCAGAAAGCCUUUCAUUAACCAGGGAGGUUUCCCAGAGCAGAAAUUCAUCUGUCUCAGAACAGCUGUCUGAUGAGAAAGUUCAGCUUUUUAGCAAAAUGCGGGUGUUGCAAGAAAAGAAACAGAAAAUGGACAAAUUGCUUGGGGAACUUCACACGCUGCGUGAUCAGCACCUGAAUAACUCUGCUUUUUUGCCCUCGCCUUCCCCUCAGAGGAGCACUGGUUCAGCAGCCUCUGCCCCAGUGGGCCUGGUCCCAGCGGCCAACGGAGAGCUCUCCAGUCAUGCCCCCUCAGCAGCUUAUCCACCUGACGUGCUGGCUUCUCAGAAUGAGAGUGAGACUGAGGAGCACCUGAACCCGACGGAGAAGCUCCAGAAGCUGAAUGAAGUUCGGAAGAGACUAAAUGAGCUGAGGGAGUUGGUCCAUUAUUACGAGCAGACGUCGGACAUGAUGACUGACGCCGUGAAUGAGAACACCCGAGACGGAGAAGAGACAGAGGAGUCUGAAUACGGCUCGGACCACGAGAACCCGGGGCCCGUCACCAACGUUCGGAACCCCCAGGGUGCUGCAGGUUGGCCCGAAGUGAACAGUAAGGUGAACGCACAGUGCGUCGUCAACAACAGGGACGGGAGAAGCCUGAACGCGAACUGUGAGAUCAACAACAGAUCUGCCGCAAACUUACGCCCCCUGAACGUGUCCUCCUCUCUUGAGUGCCGGUAUAACAGGGAGGGAGGACAAGAUCUUGAUGGAGGACAGGGGGAAGAUGAGGAGGAGGAGGAAGAGGCUGAAGAGGAUGGAGGCAGCGAAGCGUCGUUAUCCACUCACAGAAGCAGCUUGGGGGAUGAUGCCCCUGAGGACCCCGACUUUGAACAAAAGGUCAGCAGGCUGAUGGCUGCCAAGCAGAAGCUGAGACAGUUACAGGAUCUGGUCACUAUGGUGCAGGAGGACGGUGAGCCCGGUGCCGUCUCAGCCAGCACAUCUCACCUGGGGGACUUCUUCCCAGUGGAGGAGGCGGAGACCAAUCAGCGCUCCAACAACACGAGAGCCAGCAGCAGUAAGGUGCAGGAGGCCGGGCUCCACGACAAGGCGAGAGAGAAAUUCUACGAAGCGAAAUUGCAGCAGCAGCAGAAAGAGCUCAGACAGCUGCAGGAGGAAAGAAAGAUGCUGAUUGAGAUUCAGGAGAAAAUCCAGGCCCUGCAGAAGGCGUGUCCUGACCUCCAGCUUUCUCCUGCCAAUGUGGGUAACUGCUCCUCUAAGAAGUAUGUGCAGGCGCUGACCUCGACGCCGGCUGUGAAUGAGCACGAGAACAGCCCCGCCAACAAAGCGGGGUUUGCGCCGGACGAACCCGCGGGGGCAGCAGGGGCGGAUAACGAGCUGUGGUCAGAAAUGCGAAGACACGAGAUUUUAAGGGAAGAAUUAAGGCAAAGAAGAAAGCAGCUGGAAGCCCUCAUGGCCGAGCACCAGCGGAGGCGUGAUUUAACGGAGACGGCGUCCAUGGCUGCCGUGUCAGUCAGGAGCGAUGGUUCUGAGAAUCCGUGCACCCCGCGGCAGAGCAGAACAGAGAAAACAAUGGCAACUUGGGGAAGUUCUACCCAGUGUGCCCUGGAUGAAGAAGACGGCGAGGAAGAUGGGUACCUUUCUGAUGGAGUCGCUCGAGCAGAAGAGGAGGAGGAGGAGGAACAGGAUGCCAGCUCCAGUGAUGGCUUUGCCAUGUAUCCUCCUAACGGCGUGACUCGCAAUCCCUAUGGGGUCAAGGAGAACAAGGCUAGGUGGAAGGCCAGCCGGCCUCUUUCUGCGGAUGGAAAUUACCGUCCCCUGGCCAAGACGAGGCAGCAGAAUAUCAGCAUGCGGCGGCAGGAGAACCUUCGCUGGGUGUCGGAGCUCUCGUACGUCGAGGAGAAAGAGCAGUGGCAGGAGCAGAUAGACCAGCUCAAGAAGCAGCUGGACUUCAGCGUCAGCAUCUGCCAGACGCUGAUGCAGGACCAGCAGACCCUCUCCUGUUUGCUGCAAACUCUGCUCACGGGACCGUACAGCGUCAUGCCCAGUAAUGUGGCAUCCCCCCAGGUCCAUCUGAUCAUGCACCAGUUAAACCAGUGCUAUACUCAGUUAACAUGGCAGCAGAAUAACGUUCAGAGGCUGAGACAGAUGCUGAGUGAACUGAUGCGCCAGCGUGAGCACCAGCCCGAGAAGGCGGGCAGGAAGGAGCGAGGCAGCAGUGCGCCGCCGCCCCCCUCGCCAGCUUUGUUCUGUCCCUUCAGUUUCCCUGCCCAGCCCAUGAGUCUCUUUAACCUCCCAGGAUUUUCCCAUUUCUCUUCAUUUGCACCAGGUAUGAAUUUCAGUCCUUUAUUUCCAUCUAACUUUGGAGAUUUUGCGCAAAACAUCCCUCCGCCUGGCGAGCAGCAGCCACGACCAGCAGCUCAGAAUAUUCCAGGAAAAGCCGAGUACGUGGCAUUUCCAAAACCCUUCGAGAGCAAUUCCUCCAUUGGAACCGAGAAACAAAGAAACCAGAAGCAUCCUGAAGAGGAGGCGGAUAGCCGCCGACCGGCCCGGCUGUUUGAGCAGGAAGGCGGUCUCGAGAAGCCACUAGUCAAGACUGGGUUUGCAGUGUCUCUGCAGAAAACUGCCCCCGGCAGUCACCCAGAUCAGCUCGAGGCCGGCCAGAGAAGGCGGCAGUUCGAUGAAGAGUCCUUGGAGAGCUUCAGCAGCAUGCCUGACCCUGUCGACCCAACCACGGUCACAAAAACGUUCAAAACUCGGAAGGCGUCUGCGCAGGCCAGCCUGGCCUCCAGAGACAAGACCCCCAAGUCAAAGAUGAAGAAGAAGGCUUCUGUGCAGCUGAAAGCUAGAGCAAAAAGCACCGGGUAUGAAAGUGCCAGUAUGUCUGGUACGUGUGAGCCUUGCAAGAGCAGGAACAGGCACGCAGGCCACACCGAGGAGCCUGUUCCAGCAAAAGUAUUCAGCAGAAAGAAUCAUGAGCAGCUGGAAAAAAUUAUAAAAUAUAGUCGAUCAACAGAGAUGUCCUCAGCACAUGCUAGGAGAAUACUUCAGCAGUCUAACAGAAAUACAUGCAAGGAAGCGCCAGAAACUGGAAGUGAUUUUUCUAUGUUUGAAGCUUUGAGAGAUACUAUUUAUUCUGAAGUAGCAACGUUGAUUUCUCAAAAUGAAUCCCGUCCUCAUUUUCUCAUUGAGCUUUUCCAUGAACUCCAGCUACUUAACACAGACUAUUUGAGACAGAGGGCACUGUAUGCGCUGCAGGACAUAGUCAACAGGCAUAUUUCUGAGACUAAUGAAAAAGGAGGUGAAAAUGCCAAAUCAGUGAACUCUACUACUUGGAUAGCCUCGAACUCAGAACUGACUCCCAGUGAAAGCCUUGCCACUACUGAUGAUGAAACUUUUGAGAAGAAUUUUGAAAGAGAAACCCGUAAAAUCAAUGAACCGAAUGAUGCUGAUAAUGCCAGUACCUUGUCUACGUCUUCCAACUUUGAGCCCUUUGCCACCGAUGAUCUUGGCAACACCGUGAUCCACUUGGACCAGGGAUUGGCUAGGAUGAGAGAGUAUGAGCGAAUGAAAAUCGAGGCUGAAAGUGACCUGAGUGCAGAGAGUGCUGGGGCCACCGCCACCGUUACCACCGCUUCCACCACCGCUUCCACCUUCGAAGAAUCUACAAAGCUGGAGAGUCGGGGUGCGCCCCAAGGCCUUGGAGAGGUUGCUGCUGUCCCUUGUCCUCGGAUUGACACCCAGCAGCUGGACCGGCAGAUCAAAGCAAUUAUGAAGGAGGUCAUCCCCUUUCUGAAGGAGCACAUGGACGAGGUGUGCUCUUCGCAGCUGCUGACCUCCGUGAGGCGGAUGGUUCUGACCCUGACCCAGCAGAAUGACGAGAGCAAAGAGUUUGUGAAUUUCUUCCACAAGCAGCUGGGAAGCAUACUGCAGGAUUCACUGGCAAAAUUUGCUGGUCGAAAACUGAAGGACUGUGGCGAGGACCUGCUGGUGGAGAUAUCUGAAGUGUUGUUUAACGAGCUGGCUUUCUUUAAGCUCAUGCAGGAUCUGGACAGUAACAGCAUCUCCGCCAAGCAGCGAUGCAAGAGGAAAAUGGAAACCGCCGGCGUGAUGCCGUCGUACGCAAAAGAGGCCAAACGAAUUCUUGAGGGAGACCUCGGGGCGCCCGCUGGAGGAGUGGAUGAUGAAGACAAGGACAGGGACAAGACGGAGACGGUAAAGCAGACGCCGCCACCGCCCAAGGCGUACGAUGGCGGUGAGGCCCCCAAGAACACGAGGUCCGACGCGUCUGACCAGGAGGAGGAUGAAGAGAGCGAAGGACGCCCCGUGUCCAUUAAUUUGUCCAAAGCGGAAACGCAGGCGUUGACCAAUUACGGGAGCGGAGAAGACGAGAACGAGGAUGAGGAGAUGGAGGAGUUUGAAGAAGGGCCCGUGGACGUCCAGACGUCCCUGCAGGCCAAUAACGAAGCCACCGAGGAGAAUGAGCAGGACCAGGUUCUACAAAGUGAAUUUGAGAAGCAUGUGGACAGAGAAGGACUCCCACGUGAGCGGGAACCUCCCAAUGGCCAAAGCAGCCAGAGAGGGGACUGCGACAACUCUCCUGCCAUGCCGUGCUACCUUAACAUCUUGGACAAAGAGCAGCCCCUUGGCGGCCCGCCCCCUCCGGAGCCCCCCCUGACCGGCGGCGGGCCCUCACAAGAGCCGAAGCCAUCUUUACCCAUUGCCGAGGUCGAGGCCUCCGUGCCCAGGAGCACCCAGGCAAAAUCUGCUUCCAACACUCCCGAGAGCUCGGUGGCCGGAAGCCCCGACACUGAAUCGCCCGUGCUGGUCAAUGAAUAUGAAGCGGGAUCUGGUCACUUAAGUCAGAAGUCUGACGAGGAGGACUUUGUCAGAGUGGAGGACUUGCCCCUGAAGCUGACCAUUUAUUCCGAGGCAGAUCUGAUGAAGAAAAUGGCAGCAGAGGAGCAGAGUAACCACUUAUCUGAGGAGAUACUGGCCGUGACUCCCAGCGAGGAAUUGGCCGGGGACCCUCGGACCCUGAAAGAGCCCCGCGAGGGGGCCGGUCCUCCAUGCGAUCUCUGACCAGCCUUGGGCUCGGCGCCGCUUCCCGGGGAUGCCUGCGGCCCCCUCCUCACUGGACCCCCCAAAGCGUGUGAGAGCCGGCGGGGGCCUGGCCCCCUGCCCUGGGCACUGAGUCCAUGCGUCCCAUCUGUAUAAAAAUGUCAGUGAGUGUUCGACCCACUCCCUUCAGCCGCUCAGGCAGCUUGCUCGCUCGCACGGCGUAGGCGGCGGGGUCCUCCCCAGAUUCCAGGCUUGCUUCUCUUUUUUAUUUUUUCAUUGUGAUUUGUUUAGUAACUUUAAACUUAAAAUGUAGUUUUAAAUAAAGUUUGGACUUGUCUGUAA